AUGUUAUGUUCACGUUGUGGGUUCUCUUCGGCGGUUCUGCGGCAUUUCGCAUUUCGUUCGUUCGGUAAAGAUGCUCAAGGAUCGAUCGCUGGUUAUGCCUCACGGCCGAAAUACGACNGAUUAACUUCUUGUGCGAAGGCUCAUCUUCAAACAACUCCUCCAACCGUAUCCAAAUAUUCAGUCAUUGUCAACAACGAGCAUAAACUUGCAAAAACUGAGGUUCAGUCGCAGCUACAGCCCAAAAAACGUCGUUCGUUGUUUGGCACAAGCGAUGUUCCCGUGAAUAUUAAUUUUCCGAACAAAAAAGGUGUUGUUGGCUACGAUCCGGAAAUGCCCAUAAAAGAAAUGCUCACCGAAGCCCCUCAAGUAACCAAGGAACACCUCAAGAUGUUUCUCGACGAAAUGAAAGGAAACGUGUCUAUCGAGAAGAAAGAAAUGAUCGAAAAUAUGGGAAUGUUGAAGCAUGGAGAAGCACGUAAAGAAUACGUUUUCGAUUCACCUGAAGCACUACGUUUAUGGCAUACGGGAUGCGAUUCGGAUUGGGGUGAAGGAUAUUCCAAGUGUGAAUUCGUUCCAACCGACCGAAAGACUGCCGUCUUUAGAGGCGAAUUGAGUACUAAAGUUAUUAAGGAUGGACGAGUUCAACGAGCCGGAUGGGCGGCCAUAAAACUGGAAGAUAGGAAGUCCUUCCUGCGGAAGAAAUACCUCCCAAGAUGGGCAAGUUUCUCACACCUUCUUAUCAAAUGCAGAGGUGAUGGUCGAUCCUACAAGGUUAUGUUGUAUACACCAGGAGCGAUCGAUGUGACUUGGGGUGAUAGUUUCUCGUAUCCGUUGCAUACACAUGGCGGCCCGUAUUGGCAAUACGAACGAAUCCCUUUCUCGAGAUUCUUUCAUACGGUCGCUGGGCGCAUACAGGAUCGACAGCAACGCGUUUGCUUAGAAAAUCUGAGUUCGAUUGGUAUAGUGCUGAUGGAUCGAAUGGACGGCGAAUUCCACUUGGAACUGGAUUUUAUUGGUGUCUGUCAUGAUCGCUCACAUAUUGAGAAAUUUGCCUAUGAGUCAUAUUCAUUGCCGAUCUUCAGCCCUCAAGGAUUCUAG